UUUUUGUCCGCAAGUUUUGAUCCGCAAAUUUUCCUUUAAAAAUUUGUUUUACCUCAUAUUUUUCUAGAAACAACAUUGCAAGAGGCCGAUGAUUUCCAACAACCUUCUUCCUCUUCAAUGCCUUCACUUGAAGAAGAAGAAAAACCAAAAAGUUCUCAAAAUAAUCAAAGAAAACCAUUUAAAAGGCCAAGAUUGGAUAAUGGAGAAACUGAAAUACCUUCUUUCACUCCAGUCAUUUCAACAAUUUCAUAUAAAGAAUUUCUUCAAAAACAACGCCAAAUUCGUCAGCUUUGUAGACAAAUAGGCCCCAGUAUUGUACUACAUAAACAAUUAAUGGAAAUUGUUUCGGAGAGAACACUUUCAAGGGAUUGUAAACGUCAAUUGUUAGAAUUGGGACUACGUGAAGCUCAAAUGUUUAAAAGACAAACAUUAAUGGAAUUAAUUAACCAAGAAUUACAAAAUCCUCCAUUUUUGUUGGCUGCUUCUUCUUCGUCUUCUUCUUCUUCAAUUUCUUCUUCUUCAACUCAAAAUUCUUCAUCACCUUUUUUAGUUAAUAAUAUUAGACCACCUUUUAUAAGGCAAAACGGGUAUGGCGGAAGUGGUAGCAAUUUUUAAUGCUACUUCUUGUUGUGAUAGUUUAGAAAAGUUCUUUUAAAAAAUGCUAAAGCUAUGUUUUAGCUACAAAAAUGAAGUAAAAAACUCUUGGAAAAUUCCUUUGGUUGAGAGGAUAACACGCGGUAACGCUUAAGGGAUAAAUUAAAAAUUAUUAAUUUGAUAAAUGCCUGGUUAACCUAGAGAUAUGAAAUUUUGUGUUUAUAUUCGCUUUAAAAAUUGUUGUUUUUUUCAAAAAACCCCGAAAGCAAUCCAGAAUUUUUGGAAAUUUUAAAUUUAAAAAAUUCCAAGUUUCUGGGACAAAAUGUCUCUACCUAACUUUUUCAACCUUCUUAACUUGAGGUUUAUAAGGAAAUUUUUCUUGAAAUUUAUAUAGGAGUUACUGGGGUCUGUGAAAAUUUUGGAAUUUUUCUAGCCUUUGGAUAUUUUUUAAAAAUUUUCUAAGGCUUCUCCCUCCCUCUCACCCUCUUCUCUCUUACCCAAAUUAUCACUCAAAAAAUAACGAAGAAAAUUUUUUUCUUUAUUUUUUUACCGCCAUUCCCUCCCUUAUCUAAAUAAAUUCCAGUGAAUUUUGAAUACUCUACACACACAACAACUUUAAAAAAAACUCAAAUUUUCUCUCAAAUCACCUCACAUUUUUUUUGUUUUUUACUAUUUAUCUAAGUAAUUGUCCCCAUUUCUGUGGCUUUGAUUUAAUUUUUUGGGUGUUUUUUUUUGUAAUAUAAUUUUUUGUUUAAAAAAUAUAUUUUAUUUAUUUUGAAUUUUUUUACAAAAAAAUAUUUUUGAAGUAAGGAGGUGAAUAAUAAUUUUUUUAAAUUCUGAUU